AUGGAAUACCCCACACUGGCGCUUCUCUUGGCUCUGCUCGCCUGUGUGGAGCGGUGCUUUUCCGUCUCCUGUGUGGUAGACAGCUUCAUGGUCAAGCAGGACUUUGACCCAAAGAGAUAUGCCGGGAAGUGGUAUGCCCUGCAGAAGAAGGACCCGGAGGGCCUCUUCCUGCAGGACAACAUCUCCGCUGAGUACACCAUCGAUGACGACGGUGCAAUGAUAGCCUCGUCCAAGGGCCGCGUCACGCUUUUCGGGUUCUGGGUGGUGUGUGCUGACAUGGCGGCCCAGUACAGUGUCCCAGAUCCCAAUACUCCAGGCAAAAUGUUCAUGAACUACCAGGGGCUGGCCAGCUACCUGUCCAGUGGAGGUGACAACUACUGGAUCAUCGACACCGACUAUGACAACUACGCCAUCACAUAUGCCUGCCGCACCCUGAAAGAGGACGGCACCUGCGAUGAUGGCUACGCCUUGGUCUUCUCACGGAACCCCCGUGGCUUGCCACCAGCCAUCCAGCGCAUUGUCCGCCAGAAACAGGAGGAGAUCUGCAUGGCAGGGCAAUUUGAGCCUGUACUGCAGUCUGGUAAGUGCAGUGACCUUACUGAAUUACCACAGUACACGCAGCACUCAAUCAAGAACAGCCAGAACCCUCACCUGAACCAUAGUGGAACACCAGAGGGUCCAGAGAGCACAGCUAUGCUAGUGCCCUAA